GAAUAUGACAGUCAGUUUUGCUUCCUGCGCAACUUCAGGCAAGAGGCUAGCAAAAAAAACGCAGUCUUCAGUGUUCACACUCACUGCAGCCUGGCAGACCAAAGAGUUAACAGUAUUGGGUUGUGCUACAUUGUGCUGUACAUUUACCUCAGUAACUUAUCAGUUAUUUUCUGACGUAGUGUUGUACGUGUUCUAAAGCUGUUUAGUCAUGCCCACAGACUGAAACGAAGACAUUCUAAAAUUAAAUCUGACCUGUGCACCUCCCGAUUGUGAUUUUACUGUCCACACAUUCCAGAGCUCAUUACCAUGCAUCAAGAGGCACAUGACUACGCAGAACGGAAUCGUGGCGAUUCCGAAAAAUGGUUUGAUUACACUGGCACUUAUGACAACCCGAAACCAAAGGAACGCAUAAUAACAGAAGAAGCAAAGAAAAACGCAGAAACCAACAAAGGUUCUAUGAAGGACAUUAUGGGCGGAUACGCUGACCCGCCCAUCCAGCGGCAACUGCACCCUCGUGGCGUCAGAUCUGAAGCAUCCGUAACCGCAGAAAUAAGCAAAGGUGGGGCCAUGAAAGAUCUAAUCGAUAAUUACGGACACGCUGGAGAUGCAGAAAGGCCAGCGCCAAAACUGAAGGGUGAAGAGGCCCAGGAGAAUGCUGAGAAAAAUAACGGUGUGGUGGACAAUUUGAUAAAUAAUUACGGUAAUCUAGAAAUCUCUGAUCGCCCCGCCCCCAGGCUAGGCCACGGAGGGGAUGAGAUCGCCAAGAGGCAUGAGGACACGUCUGGGAUGGGCUCUAUCAUGAGGAUGGAAGCAACACCCAGCCCGAAAGAGACCAAAGUUAGCAAGCUUCACCAAGAGUCUGAUAAGUGCUGGGAUGAAAUCCCCCCUGCCCGCCGCACGCGUCCAGAAGCGGAGGAGAUCAUAGCCCGGCAGGCUGGUGAUUCCCUGAAUGGAAUAAUCCACAUGGAUGGGGAUGAUCAGACUGGUGGUGCACGCUGGGAAGUCAAGACCCUGGCCCAUACGGAGCAGUCCAAAACUCCACGAGUGAAGACUUCACCAUCCCGCACCCGACCAGAAGCUCUGAUUAACUACCAGCGUAGCCGAGGCUCAGAGAUGGGAGCCAUCUUGAAAAUGGAGCCUGCUGUGAACAACGCUCCUCGCAAAGUAAACAGGAUGUUCCUCAAGUCUGAAGAGUGGUAGAGGAUGAGCCAAAGCACAACAACUGUAACAGUUUCAUCAGCCUUUCACAAGACUGAGGCAAAUAUUGUGGAUAUUUUUUAUGCGUAUAUACGAUGUUGUUGUUGUAGCCUGCUUCACUUGUGGCUACAGAGUCGGUGACAGAAGAUGGUUUUUGACGAUGCUUGGCCUUUUAGAGUAACAGUGAUCCUCUAAAAACCCAGUGGCGUGUGGCUUACAUUUCACUGUGACAUGCUGACCAAUGAUUGCAGAAAAACGGGGGUUUCGGAUUGAAUUAAUUUGAAGAAAUGGA